AUGGAGGGCGACAAGCGUGAUCUUGCGGAUCUAUUGAAAGAGGGAGGUAUUGGCAGUGAAGUACCGGAAAUCAUUGGUAAAAUCCCAAUGGCAGUAAAGAAACGUGUAUGCGCUCUCAAGAAGGUUCAGCUAGAUAGCAUCGAAGUGGAAGCCAAAUUCUACGAGCGGGUUCAUCAGCUUGAAAAGGAGUUCGAGACGGAAUUCAACAAGCUUUAUGAGCAGCGAAGAAAGAUUGUCGCUGGGGAGUACGAACCUACUGAUGAAGAAUCCAAGCUCCCUAUCAUUCAUGGCUUGGAGGAGGACGAAAUUAAGGCCCUCAAUGAUAAAUCGGAACCUGAUGAUGGCUCAAAAGGAGUGCCAUCCUUCUGGCUCCACGUUUUGAAAGCAUCUGACAUGACUCAGGAUAUGAUCCAAGACCAUGACGAGCCAAUCUUGAAACACCUCACUGAUAUUACUACCACUAUUGAGGUCGAUCCUCACUACUUCCUUGAAAUCAAGCCGGAUCAGGAGGAUCCCUUCAGUUUCGAUGGACCAUCCGUCGUACGCGCUGUUGGGUUAAGAUACAAUCAUUGGAAUGAGGGUAAAAAUAUCACUAAGAAGGUUGUGAAGAAGAAGCUGAAGAAGGGUAGCAACGCCGGAAAAUUCGUCACGAAAACGAUGAAGGCGGACAGCUUUUUCAACUUCUUCGACACAAUCGUGCCACCUACGGAAGAACACAAAAACGAGGACGAUGAUGAAGAUGAUUCUCAUGACCUGAUGCGAGCUGACUUUGAAUCGGACAAGUGCUUCGUGAUAAUAUUAUUCCUCGUGCGGUGCUUUUCUAUACUGGUGAAGCUGAUCUUGGCGAUGACAUGUUCGACAUUGGCGAGGAUGUACCCCAGAAUUAGAGAGGAAGAUGAUGAAUAUGACGAGUAG